AUGGAGGAAGAAAACAUAAGAGUAAUAAAAAUAACAGUGUUUGGAGUAAUCUCAUGGGCUCUCAUUUUCAUCCUCGUCAGAAGAAUCUUCUCAAACUACUCGUUCGACUUCAGCACUCGUAUUGUCUCCACACUUCACGCCACAGUCGCUGUAGCUUUAGCAACUCUCUCGAUUCAAGAUUGGUCUUGUCCAGUUUGUCCCAAUGCUUCCAAAUCAUCUCUCCAACAGAUGGAAACGUUUUCGUUUUCGUUGUCCUACAUGAUCUACGAUCUCAUUUGUAGCCAUUUUGAUAAAGUUAUUAGCAUUGAUAAUGCGGUUCAUCAUUCUGUCUGCAUUCUUGGUUUUGUAGCUGGACUCUCCUACCAAAAGUGUGGGUCCGAGAUGGUGGCAGCAAUUUGGAUAACAGAGAUAUCGAGUCCGUUUCUUCACCUCAGAGAGAUUCUUAAAGAGAUCGGUUACAGAGACACUGACCUCAAUCUUGCAGCCGAUGUAUGUUUUGCAACAAUCUUCUCAUUGGCAAGAAUGGUGGGUGGACCUUACCUCGUUUAUGUAACUGUAUCAGCUGAUAAUCCCAUCCUCAUUAAGGCAAUGGCAUGUGGAUUACAGCUCGUGAGCGCAUUCUGGUUCUAUAAAAUACUCAAAAUGAUGAGAUACAAAUUCAUCAAAAGGUCAAAGUCCGACAAAAAAUCUGUGUGA